UUCCCUGCUCUGCCAUCCAUUCUCCAAUUCUAAUCUCCUCCUCCCUUAAAUCCUCAUCACCAGCAACCGGCGGCGGAGAGAUAAAGCGAAAAGAGCGAGUGAGGAGCGAUCGAGAUGCCGGCGGGGCAGCAGCAGAACCACCCCCAGGUGCCGACGUACCCUCCGCCCGAAUCGGAGGACGAGGAGUCGUGGGUCUGGUCGCAGAUCAAGGCGGAGGCCCGGCGCGAUGCGGAGUCGGAGCCCGCCCUCGCAAGCUACCUCUACGCCACCAUCCUCUCCCACCCCUCUCUCGCCCGCUCCCUCUCCUUCCACCUCGCCAACAAGCUCUGCUCUUCCACUCUCCUCUCCACCCUCCUCUACGACCUCUUCCUCGGCUCCCUCUCCGCCCAACCCCCCGUACGCGCCGCCGCCGUCGCCGACCUCCUCGCCGUCCGCCACCGCGACCCCGCCUGCUCCUCCUUCUCCCACUGCCUCCUUAACUAUAAGGGCUUCCUCGCGGUCCAGGCCCACCGCGUCGCCCACCUCCUCUGGCUCCAGCAACGCCGGCCCCUCGCCCUCGCCCUCCAGUCCCGCGUCGCGGACGUCUUCGCCGUCGACAUCCACCCCGCCGCCCGCCUCGGCCGCGGCCUCCUCCUCGACCACGCCACCGGCGUCGUCAUCGGCGAGACCGCCGUCGUCGGCAACAACGUCUCCAUCCUCCACCACGUCACCCUCGGCGGAACCGGCAAGGCCGUCGGCGACCGUCACCCCAAGAUCGGCGACGGCGUGCUCAUCGGCGCUGGCGCCACCAUCCUCGGCAACGUCCGCAUCGGCGAGGGCGCCAAGAUUGGCGCCGGGUCUGUCGUCCUCAUAGACGUCCCGCCCAGAACCACCGCCGUCGGCAACCCGGCCAGGCUCGUCGGCGGCAAAGAGAAGCCCGCCAGGCACGAGGACGUCCCAGGGGAGUCCAUGGAUCACACCUCCUUCAUCUCCGAGUGGUCCGACUACACCAUCUAAUCUGACCUCAAAAUAUCUGUUUUUAUCUUCUCAUCUCAUCAUCAUCUCUUCCGUUCUAUCUACGUGCUUCGUUCCUUCCUUUCGUUUCAUAUGGAUAAAGUCUGUAUGGUCGGCGUGUUAUGUAUAUGAGGACUUCUAAGUGUACUUGUAUUUGAAUUAAUUAGAACAAUAUUUUGCCACUGAAUUAGUUAUGUUUGGUCUUAAUCUUGAA